AUGUCGAAGGAUCCUUACGUAGACGUCAAACGAGAAGUAGAGAUCUCACUCGGAAGCAUCCAGUCUCUCGCGAGAGAUCACCGUGAUCUGUAUAACCCUUCAACAUUAUCUUCUGCUGUACUGGAAGCUCAAGAAGAACUUCGGAAUACACUCAGCAUACUGGAAUCAGAUGCGGAAGAUCUGGAAGAGAGCGUCCGGGUGGUAGAGGACAUGGGGGAACGAUGGGGGCUCAACGCUGACGAGGUUUCCCGCCGACGGCAAUUCGUACAGAAAGUCAAGCUUGAAGUUGAUGAUAUCCGCAACAGAGUUCACCGCCUAGCAGCUCAGAGCAAGGGCAAGGGCAAGCAAUUACACGUCCCCUAUAGAGAUUCAUCUGCAGAUUUAGAGAGAGGCUACGACGAGGACAAUGAUGAGAUGAGAAGAUGGGAGGCCCAAGAACAAGAGGUCAGUCAUGAUGCUGGUCAAGAAGCAAGACGAUACCUUGGGCCUGAUACAGGGUACCCUUCAUACCCUUGCAAGUCAAGCUGGCUUGAUGGGAAGCGAGGUAGAAGAGCAGAUGGGGUGGGUGCUCGUUUUGUCGAUCGCCCCAAGACUACCAGCUGA